CUUACCCAUUAAUUGAGAGCUUUUUCAGAGUGAUUACUGAAACUUCAAAAACAAAGAAUUUCCUUUCAUAUUUCUUCUAAUACCAAUUUUAAAAUUUCGAUAUCUUAUUGUCACUUAUCUUUCCCAGCCCUUAAAAGGGCUUUGGUUCUGCACUGAUAUAUAUAUAUAGAAAAGAUAUUUGUAUCUACAACAUAACCCCUCUCAGAGAACAAUCGCCUCCUCUCCACCUUAUCCCUCUCUGUCUCUCUCUGAUGCUCUCUCAAAAAUCUUAUCUUUGGGUUUCUUGAGAGCGUUAGUUUGAGAGAGAGAGAGAGAGAGAGAGAGAGAGAGAGUCAUGGAGGCUGUUCUACAAACAAAAGGGCUUCUUUCUCUUCCUUCAAAUCCCCAACUCAGGGCUUUCAAUCGACCCCAAAGUGGACUCAGGAACAGAUUCAUCACCUUGAAACCCAAAAAUCUUGGUGGGUUCUCUCUAUCUGUCAAUGGGUUUCAAAAAUUUCAUGGGUUUGUCACAAAACCUCAUGAGAUUGGCCAAAAGAAGAGAAGUUUUCAUAUUUGCAGGGCUGAGGCUGCCGCAGCAGCUGAUGGGCAGCCACUAUUUGGAGAAAAGGAGUCACCCAAGUUUUUGGGUAUUGAGCUUGUAACCCUCAAGAAGAUUGUACCUCUUGGGUUGAUGUUCUUUUGCAUACUCUUCAAUUACACAAUCCUUAGGGACACCAAAGAUGUUUUGGUUGUGACAGCUAAAGGAUCUAGUGCUGAGAUUAUACCAUUCUUGAAAACUUGGGUGAAUUUGCCCAUGGCUAUUGGGUUCAUGCUGUGGUACACCAAACUGUCUAAUGUGUUGUCAAAGCAGGCCCUCUUUUAUACUGUUAUAGUCCCCUUUAUAGCCUUUUUUGGGGCAUUUGGGUUUCUCUUGUAUCCUCUCAGCAAUUAUUUUCACCCAACAGCUCUUGCUGAUAAGCUCCUUGCAACGCUUGGACCAAGGUUCCUAGGCCCUCUUGCAAUAAUGAGGAUAUGGAGUUUCUGUUUGUUCUAUGUCAUGGCUGAGCUUUGGGGAAGUGUGGUCAUCUCUGUGUUGUUUUGGGGGUUUGCCAAUCAGAUAACCACUGUGGAGGAAGCCAAAAGGUUCUACCCUCUUUUCGGACUUGGAGCCAAUGUUGCCCUUAUUUUCUCAGGUCGGACAGUGAAAUAUUUCUCUAAUUUGAGAAAACAUUUGGGUCCUGGAGUUGAUGGAUGGGCCGUCUCCCUGAAAGCGAUGAUGAGCAUUGUGGUGCUGAUGGGGCUUAUGAUCUGUUUUCUUUAUUGGUGGGUGAAUAGGUUUGUCCCUCUUCCAACUCGUAGUAGGAAGAAGAAGGAGAAGCCGAAAAUGGGGACAAUGGAGAGCUUAAAAUUCUUGGUGUCUUCAAGAUACAUCAGAGAUCUUGCCACUUUGGUGGUGGCAUAUGGUAUUAGCAUCAACCUUGUUGAGGUUACAUGGAAAUCAAAGCUCAAAGCUCAGUUUCCAAGUCCGAAUGAAUACUCUUCUUUCAUGGGUGACUUCUCGACUGCUACUGGAAUUGCAACUUUUACAAUGAUGCUUCUUAGCCAGUGGAUAUUUGACAAAUAUGGUUGGGGAGUUGCAGCCAAGAUCACACCCACAGUCCUGCUCCUUACAGGAGUUGGUUUCUUUUCUCUAAUUUUGUUUGGCGGCCCACUUGCACCUAUUAUUGGGCAGCUUGGGAUGACACCACUUCUAGCAGCUGUGUAUGUGGGUGCAAUGCAAAAUAUUUUCAGCAAGAGUGCCAAAUACAGCUUAUUUGAUCCUUGCAAAGAAAUGGCUUAUAUUCCUUUGGAUGAGGACACCAAGGUUAAAGGGAAGGCAGCCAUUGAUGUUGUGUGCAACCCGUUGGGGAAGUCUGGUGGAGCUUUGAUCCAGCAGUUUAUGAUCUUAACCUUUGGGUCACUAGCAAACUCAACUCCUUACCUUGGAGGGAUACUUCUGGUAAUUGUUCUUGCAUGGUUAGCGGCGGCCAAGUCCUUGGAUGGUCAGUUCACUGCAAUGCGUCGAGAGGAAGAGCUCGAGAAGGAGAUGGAAAGAGCAUCUGUGAAAAUCCCAGUUGUGGCUGAAAAUGAAGGUGGGAAUGGUUCUCUUGGGAGUGGGUCGGCACUAGGGGGCUCGUCCAGCAGUUCAUCUGAAACCUCAACUCCCCGCAAUAUAUGAAUAUUGUUCCAAUACUCACGAGACAGGAAGAAUAAGCCAAGGGGCAAGCGAUAUUGUCAGGUGAUCUGUUGGUUGUAGGAAUAUAUAUAUUUUUUUUCUUUCCUAUUUAUAGAAGUAAUUAGAACCUGUUGGUUGUAGGGUUUUUUCAAUUUAUAGAAAUAACUGGAACGAAUGUGGGGCAUAUGGAAGACUUUUUAGUCGCGUCUUACUCCACUUCUUCAUAGUUUUAAUUUAAUUUAAUUUAAUUUGACUUUGCAGAAUUUGCUUUGGUCUUAAGUUGAUGGAUUUUGCUAAGUUAUUGAAAUUUUUUGACUUUAUUCA